GCCGCUGCCUGGGGCUUGGUUGAGGUGGCUUGUGGGUCCCGGCGGAGUGUGGCGCCGCCGCCGCCGCGCGACGGGGCAAAAGUGGGCAGUCAGAAAAUGGGUAAGAAGAGCCGAGUGAAAACGCAGAAAUCAGGCACUGGUGCUGCAGCAAGCGUGUCCCCGAAGGAAACCUUGAACCUGACCAGCGAGCUUUUGCAGAAAUGCAGUAGCCCUGCCCCUGGUCCUGGAAAAGAAUGGGAAGAGUAUGUGCAGAUCCGGUCUCUAGUUGAGAAAAUACGAAAAAAGCAAAAAGGUCUGUCUGUUACUUUUGAUGGAAAAAGAGAAGAUUACUUUCCUGAUCUAAUGAAAUGGGCCUCUGAAAAUGGAGCCUCUGUUGAGGGUUUUGAAAUAGUGAACUUCAAAGAAGAGGGCUUCGGUUUGAGAGCAACAAGAGAUAUCAAGGCAGAAGAAUUAUUUUUAUGGGUUCCACGAAAAUUACUAAUGACUGUUGAAUCUGCUAAAACUUCAGUGUUGGGGCCCUUGUAUUCUCAAGACCGGAUUCUUCAAGCCAUGGGAAACAUCACACUGGCCUUCCAUCUGCUGUGUGAGCGGGCCGACCCUAACUCGUUCUGGCAGCCCUACAUUCAGACCCUCCCCAGCGAGUACGACACCCCCCUCUACUUCGAGGAGGAUGAGGUUCGCUACCUGCAGUCCACACAGGCCAUACACGACGUCUUUAGCCAGUACAAGAACACGGCGCGGCAGUACGCCUACUUCUACAAGGUCAUCCAGACCCAUCCUCAUGCCCACAAACUGCCCUUGAAGGACUCCUUCACUUACGAGGACUACAGGCGGGCGGUCUCUUCCGUUAUGACUCGACAAAACCAGAUUCCCACGGAGGACGGCUCCCGGGUGACCCUCGCGCUUAUCCCCCUGUGGGACAUGUGCAACCACACCAGCGGCCUGAUCACCACCGGCUACAACCUGGAGGAUGACCGCUGCGAGUGUGUGGCCCAGCAGGACUUCCGGGCCGGAGAGCAGAUUUACAUUUUUUAUGGCACUCGGUCAAAUGCAGAGUUUGUGAUCCACAGUGGUUUUUUCUUUGACAAUAAUUCACACGACAGAGUGAAAAUAAAGCUUGGAGUGAGUAGAGGUGACCGGCUCUACGCCAUGAAGGCCGAGGUCCUGGCUCGCGCUGGCAUCCCAACCUCCAGCGUCUUUGCCCUGCAUUUCACCGAGCCGCCCAUCUCCGCCCAGCUGCUGGCUUUUCUCCGAGUUUUCUGCAUGACCGAAGAGGAGCUGAAAGAACACUUGCUGGGAGACAGUGCCAUUGACAGAAUCUUCACCUUGGGGAACUCUGAGUACCCUGUCAGCUGGGACAACGAGGUCAGGCUGUGGGCGUUUCUUGAAGACCGAGCCUCGCUUCUUCUAAAAACAUACAAGACAACCAUCGAGGAAGAUAAGUCCUUCUUGAAAAACCACGACCUUUCCGCCCGUGCCACCAUGGCCAUCAAGCUGCGCUUAGGUGAGAAGGAGAUCCUGGAGAGAGCGGUCAAGAGCGCGGCCGCGAACCGGGAGUUCUACCGGCGGCAGAUGGAGGAGCGGGCGCCGCUGCCCAAGUACGAGGAGGGCGGCGCGGGGCUGCUGGAGGGCGUGGCGGACUCGAGGCUGCCGCUGGUGCUGAGGAGCCUGGAGGGGGAGGCGGGCGCGCAGGAGGCCUUGACCCUCAGCGAGGCCGUCCGCAGGGCCCAGGCCGCCGAGCACGGGCUCGUCAAUGGCGAAAGCGCUAUCCCCAACGGGACCAGGUCAGAGAAGGAAACUUUAACUCAAGAGGAAAGUAAAAGAGCGACUGGAGACGCCAAAGAACCUUCUUCCGACAGCGCCGAGGACGUUGCACAGUAGCCCCGGCUUCGGCCGAGGUUUAUGAACGGGCCCGUUUACAUCGCUGUUUCCCUGUUCACGGUUUUCUUUCUGCUGAGAGAAAAAUAUGUUUUUGCUGCUUUAUAUAAAAAUGAUUUUUUUAAGUUAUUUAAAAAAUCUAGCUUCCCUUUCUGAUUAUGAUUGCCAUCUUGCUUCUAGGCCAAACCAACCAGUUGACCAAGCAGCACACAGAGGGGAGAGGCGCCUCGGAAGGUUCUGCAGGCCCUCUGCGGGCAGACACCUUUUCUGCCUGGGAAAGAAUGCAGCUCCCCGUCCGCGGUGCUGCUGUGGGCCUCGCCUCUCCACAGCCAGGGGGCAGGCCCGCCCCGCCUCCUGCCUGAUGAGGGCGCUCCGCGGAUGCCCAGCGGAAAACGGGCUCGAGGUUAGGAAACCUGGGAGUCUGGGCGAAAAAGAUGAAAUCCUUUUUUUUUUUUUUUUU